UUUUUCUGGGCUUCCGUAGUGAAUAAAAUUUGAGUCACAUGCUGCAGCACAACAAUAAUAAGGAAGUCUGGGGGAAGAUUUGAGAAGUUAUUUAACGCUUCUCUUCUUUCACGGGCCAAAAAAUGCGAUUUUUAGUGUUUGUGUUUUUUCUUUGUUGCUGUUUGUCGUAUGGCGUGACCGGCGAAAACAAGCCAAUUCAAACAUAUGUAAUCCCUCACAGUCACAUGGAUGUUGGCUGGGUGUACACUAUUCAGGAGAGUAUGCAUGCUUAUGCAGCCAAUGUGUACACCAGUGUGACUGAGGAGCUGUCAAAGGCUGAAGACCGCAGGUUCAUCGCUGUGGAGCAAGAGUUCUUUCGACUGUGGUGGGAUACUGUGGCCACAGACUCCCAUAAGAGACAAGUGCAACAGCUUGUGAAAGAGGGUCGACUUGAGUUCAUCAUCGGGGGCCAAGUGAUGCACGACGAGGCUGUAACAGAUCUAGAUGAUGAGAUAUUACAAAUGACAGAGGGACACGGUUUCCUCUACGAGACGUUCGGGGUUCGCCCUCAGUUUUCCUGGCAGGUGGAUCCAUUUGGAGCCUCUGCCACCACGCCGGUCCUCUUUGCCCUGGCUGGGUUCAACGCCCACCUUAUAUCCCGCAUUGACUAUGACCUCAAAGACACCAUGCAGAAAAACAAGAAACUACAGUUUGUAUGGAGAGGUUCUCCCUCUUUAAAAGAAAAGCAGCAGAUCUUCACUCACACUAUGGACCAGUUUAGCUAUUGCACCCCAUCAUACCUGCCUUUCUCCAACAGCUCUGGUUUCUAUUGGAAUGGAGUUGCCUUGUUCCCCGAUCCCCCUAAAAACGGAGUUUACCCCAACAUGAGCCUGCCUGUCAGCAAGGAGACAGUACACGCCUACGCCAAGACUAUGGUGGAGAACAUCAAGCAGAGGGCUGCAUGGUUUAGGACGAACCAUGUGCUCUGGCCAUGGGGCUGUGACAAACAGUUCUACAACUCAUCUGUCCAGUUCAACAACAUGGAUCCUCUAAUGAAGUACAUAAACCAGAACAGCAAAGAGUUUGGGGUGACAGUCCAGUAUGCCACUCUUAGUGAAUACUUCCAAGCCAUCUACCAAUCAAAUCUUGUCUGGGAGCUCCGUGGGAGUGAAGAUUUUCUACCAUAUUCCACUGAACCGUACCAGGCAUGGACGGGGUUUUACACCUCCAGAAAUGUUCUGAAAGGAGUGGCACGACGGGCCAGUUCCCAGCUGCAGGCAGCGGAGACUCUUUUCACCCGGUACCGACUCAGCUUCCCUGACGGACCUGUAGCUAAAGACUGGGCCCUGGACAAACUGAGGGCGCUUCGCUGGGCUGUCUCAGAGGUUCAGCACCAUGAUGGCAUCACUGGCACCGAGUCUCCCAAGGUGGCAGACAUGUACCUGCAGCAUCUCAUGCAGGCCAUGAUGGGAGUGGAGGAGCUUCUGGCUGCACUCUUCCUGCUACCCCACAACCUCAACAUACCCAGCAUCCUCAGCAGGCACUACCACAGAAAAGGUGUUCAUCUGUCUUUGGAGCAACAUGUCAUCGUUUACAACCCAUUAGCAUGGAACACCACCACUAUAAUCAACGUCACUGUAACCUUCCCAACUGCAGCCGUCUUUGAUGAUGAUGGGCAGCCUGUGCCUGCACAGAUCCAGAGGUCAGCACAGUCCAAUGUGACCUACGACCUUUUCAUCAUGGUGGAACUUGGAGGCCUUCAGCACAGGAAAUACCUGAUUAAGUUGUCGGAGAAGCAAUCCUCCGUGAGGUCCAAGAGUGGCUGGACUUAUGAAGCUAAAGGGGUUCUGUUUGAGAGACGCAACAUCCGGGACUGGACGAACACAGGAAGGAGGCUUCUGCCUGUUCUGAAUGAAUGUUACAAGCUGAUGUUUGACCAGGAUACCAAUCUACUACACAGCAUCACUUAUCUUCAAGAAAACAGGAGCGUAAGGAUCACUCAGGAUUUCUGGGAGUACCAUGCAAAUGGAGAUGUAAAAGCAGGGCCCAUCUCUGAUAACUACAUCUUCAGCGCUAACGGUUCAGCUGUGCGGGCCUACGAGGCUGUGGAAAUGGAGAUUAUCCCUGGGAAGAUUGUGACUGAGAUCCGGCAGCACUUCUACAGAGAGGAAAGUGAUAAAGACUACGCCUACUCCAUCACCACCUGUGUCCCAGAAUGCUUUGGGAGCAGACUGCCGUGUCACAGGCUGGAGCAGACCUAUUCGCUGGGCCCCCUCCGUCUCAACACAGAGGUCAUCCUCAGAACCAGCUCCUCCUUGAAGAACAACAGGACCCUGUACACAGAUGAUAAUGGCUAUCAGAUGAUGGAGAGGACAUAUAGGAAGUUCACUAAUAACACUUUGGCAAGAAACUACUUCCCCAUGGUUCGGGCAGCCUACAUUGAGGAUGACCUCAGCAGACUGGUGCUCGUCAGCGACAGAGCUCACGGUGUGUCCAGCCAAGCCAACGGACAGCUAGAGGUCAUGCUCCAUCGCCGUCUUUGGAACAACUUAGCCUGGAACCUCGGCUACAACCUGACCCUCAACGACAGCUCGGUCGUAAGGCCCACCCUGUGGAUGGUGCUGGGCUCCAUCAGUGCCACCUCCAAGCUUUACCAGAGGGAGGCAAUAGAGCUGCAGCACAGACCUGUCGUCGUACCCAUAGACCAACCUCAGAGGCCCUGGCAGGAGAAGGAGCCGAGAGGAAGUUCUCCUAUGCGUUCGGUGGUCCUGCCGCCCAACCUCCACCUGCUCAGUCUCAGUAUCCCUGGAUGGAACUACAGCUCUAAUCACGAUGUUCACCUCAGCCACAUACACUCAGGUAAGGAUUUGCACUCAGAACCAGACUACGAUCGGGUCCUGCUGAGAAUCAUGCAUAUCUUCGAGGAGGGAGAAGACCCCGAGCUUUCAAAGCCAGUCACCAUAAACUUGAAGGAUGUUCUGCAGGGCAUAGGGGAAGUAAAAGUGCUGGAGGAGCGUUCUCUCACAGGAACCUGGGAUAUCACCAGUCUGCAGCGAUGGAAGUGGAAGACUGCAGAUAACUUAGAAACAAACAAUGAAAGGUGUUGGAGUUGUGGAGAUGAAGCUUUCACUGUGACCAUCUCACCCAAAGAGAUCAGGACCUUCUUCAUUCACUUUGCCUCCAGGAACUUUUAGGCUAAACUGUCUUUUGUCUUCUGUGAAGAUAGCCAAUCUUCAGACAUAAUAUGACUUUUAAAGAUUUGAUCCUUUGCUUACACUGUUAAUUAAUGCUCUUUUUGCACAAUAUGUUAAUAUGUUGAGAAGCACUGAUGUGUUGAUUGGUGUGAGAAUUCCCACUUUGUGUCCCUGUUGGCUUUCUCUGAAUAUUGAUUCUUUUUGUCAUGUUUGUUCAAAUGUCUGAUAAAUGCAGGCCAACCAAUGCCACAGUAAAGUUUGUCUUAUAUUGGUGAUUUGUAUUAAAUUAUGGAUGAGAAAUCCAAA